UUUCUUCCCUUCCCUUCCCUUCCCUUCCCAAUGGUGCUCUGCUUUCCCUUCCUCUCUUCUCCUCCUCACUCUCCCGCGGAGACAUCGCGCCACCCCGAUCGAGCAGCAGCAGACCAUCCUUCGUCCUCUCCAGCCACGCCCCUCCUCCGCGCGCCUUCGCGAACAGCACCGCUAAGGUCUCCAGCUUAAACAAAUCAAAAUCUGAACAAUUUGUGCACGAGGGUUACAAAAUCAGAGGGGUGUACUCUUUCAUGCCAUGAACCGUUGAUCACCAGUAUUGCCAUUAGUCAAUCAUAAAACAGGAAAAUGAGCUCCCAAGGUGGUAGCACUGCCGUCAUGGGCAAGGGGCAUCAUAGGGCUCAUAUUCAGACACUUGUCAGGGAAGGCUCUCUCUACAACCUCACCCUCAGUGAGGUCGAGAGCCACCUCGGCGCGCCACUGCUUAGUAUGAACCUUGAUGACCUUGUGAGGAGUGUGCUUCCAGAUGACACGAGCCUGCCAAUACGGAAUGGUGUUGGGAAUUCAGGCAGUCAGAACACGCCAUCUUCUGGUCUGGAGCGUCAGGGCAGCAGCAUUACCGUGCCUCCAGCGUUGAGUAAGAAGACAGUGGACGAAGUUUGGAGGGACAUCCAGCAGGACCAGGAGAGUAGUGAUGACGAGGAAAGGAGUUCAGGUUGCGAGGCGCAGCUGUCGUUUGGGGAGAUGACACUAGAGGAGUUCCUGCACAGGGUUGGGAUAGUUUCUGAGCAACAUCAGAAGGAUGCCGAUGAGUUAAGUGGUCGUGUGGGGACAGGAGAAGAUUCUAAUUUGAUGACUAAAGUGCAAGAUUUCCCACAGGGCACCAGUCCAAUUGAUGCGUUUAUCAUACGUCAGUCAAUUGCACAGCCACUGAGUGUUGCAAUCCCUUCAACAAUGGAUGCAAUCUACCCGGAUGGUCAAAUGAGUAUUUCACCAUCAGUAGCACUGUCUGAUCUUCAAACUCCUACUCGUAAGCGAAUUUCUUCUGAGGAUGUGGUGUACAAGGUUGUUGAUCGGAGGCAAAAGAGGAUGAUCAAGAACCGAGAAUCAGCUGCACGUUCAAGAGCUAGGAAACAGGCCUACACAAAUGAGCUCGAAUGCAAGUUGUCUUGUCUAGAAGAGGAGAACAAGAGGCUGAAGAGAGAGAAGGAGCUGGACCGGUUAUUGAAGUCCGCACCACCCCCUCCUGAACCAAAACCGCUGCUUCGGAGAGCAAGAUCGGCCUCUUUCUAAUUUCAUAUUCUCAUCCCUAUGGAUGUCCCAUGUUCCAUGUGCCAUCUACUACCAUGCAUUGUGGUCCAGGAGAAAUGGCCAAGAAUGUCCCAAUGAUUGAGGAAGAAGAAGCAACCGGGCAGUUAACUUGGCCAAUUAUUAGCUGGUCAAGUCUGUGGACUUAAUUGGGACCUGAGGAGACAGAUGGUCCAUGGCCAGCUUCCUCCAUGUGGAAAUCAAACAAACACUCUAGUCCCUAAGCUGAGCACUGCAUCAGCAUUAUUUACUUCCAUUGUUUCUCCUCCAAGACGCAUCAAAAUGUGCAGUCUCUUGUACAAGUAUGCCAAAAUUUUAGGUGCCAAACUGCUACUGUAUUAAUUUACUCUCAUUAGCAUCAUGUCAAACUUCUGCUUGUUUUCUUUC